AACAAUGACCACAACUUAAUAACCUCGUUGAAAAACCACACGGUGUAUGACAUCAAAAAAGAAUGGAGAGGUUACAUAUAGUGAGCUAUAACAUCUAAGCAUGUAGUAUCUUUGUGUGACUGAGUGAAAAAUGAUUGAUACUCCAAAGAGCUGAGCCAAGCGUCCGUGCCGAAAUGAUGACACCAGGGCGGUUUGUUGUUCUUCAUAUUCUUGCCAUCCUUUGUUUAUCCAACGAAGGAAGCACAAGAGGGCAAAUAAGUGGCCACUCACGAUGUGGCCAUGGAGUGGAGUUUUACUGCGAUCCCACGGACCCUACUGGACGACAGUUUCAGAUAUGUGUUCCAGGCGUUGCUGUACCCAUCAGCAUGGCUUGCUUUCACGGAACGGUAUGUGUGAAAAGACACGACGUUAUAUCGUGUAUUCUAAAAUCCAAAGUUCCGUAUCGUAGAACAACUGCAGAUUAUUCGACAGUAGAACAUGCGCUGAAAACAACCACAAGUUUGACGUCUGCAAAAUCUGAUUCUUCUGGACUAGGUGAAAAAACUACUUUUACUAUCCUGACAACUGACCCAACAACUAAUGUACUACCACCAGAGUCAGAUAAAGAGACUUGGUCAAGUUCUAGACGGACAGAAACAAUUGCACCAGAUUUGGCUAAGAAAUACACGCUUUCAACUUUCAUUUCCACGAAGUCGACUGAAAAAGCAAAAACCUUAAAUACUAACUCCUUGGAAACCGUCAAUAGCGAAAAAGAAGGAAAUGGUGUUGAAGGAGAGAAUAUUAAUGAAGAAACAGAAGAGACGAACGAGAAAAAAGUUAGAAAAACUGUUAGGAACAAGGUCUUAGGAAGUGAUAAAGCAUCAAGUUUGUCAACUAUAAGGCCUACCGAAACAAAUUCAUCUGGACUAGGUCAGAAAACAGCUGAACUUACAACAAAUGGACCAGAGUCAGGCAAAGAAACUUUGCCAACUUCUGGACGGACAGAAACCAUUGCGCCGGAUUUAACCAAAGAAACUACUCUCACUAAAAGAACAACUCCGACAGGAAAGCCGACAGAUAUGGGAGCAACAGUCAAGUCAUCUUCAGAGAAUAUUGAAAGGACUCCAGAAACAAUUACAAACAGUUAUGUUAGUCCCCAAAGAAAAGUAAAUCCAUCUACUAAACUAACUGAUGGUGCACCGGCAACGAAAAAGGAAAUCACUAUAUCAGUAAUGGAUAUCAAAACUACAUUGCCUCCAGCAAGAAGAUUUUCCAGUGCUUCAAGUACCACGAAACUGACAACUCCUACCACGCAACAGCCAGAUGCAGGGAUUGAGACAAGUACAAAAUACGGCGAAAAUGUACACCACCACACUCUGUCUUCCACGCAUUCGACUCUCAGUACCACGGGGUCGACUGAAGUGACGGGAACCUCAAACGGAAAAGAGGGACUCGGGGUAGAGAGAGAAAAGGAAGAAACAGGCGAGAAUAACAAGGAAAAAGUUGGCAGAACAGUUACAAACAAGGUCCUGAAAAGUGACAAAACAUCAUUGGGCAACGGUCCCUUUGGGAAGAUUGGAGAAAGACAUUCAAGUUUAGUUCCGAAGACUACCGCAACACCACAUAACAUACCUACGACUACAAAAUCCUUGGAACAUGUCAUUUAUGGGAAAUUAUCCAAGCCGAAUGUGGCACCGUUGCAAACAGGCAUUCCAGGAAAUCUCCAUCGAGAAAGGACUCCAUUUUUUGUCUAUUUUACGUUCGAUGACGGCGUGAAUAGCGAGAACUCUGCAUUUUACAAGUCUCUGUUUUCACAAGACCGAACCAACAGCAACGGGUGUCCUAUAGCGGGGGCGCUGUUUGUGUCCGAUGCCCACACAAAUUACCAACGGGUGAAAUGGUUCUAUGAUCAUGGUUGGGAAAUAGCAGACCAUUCAAUAACACAUCGUACCCCGACUACUUGGUGGAAGAAUCUGGCGACAUACAGGGAUUUGAAGUUUGAAAUAGACGGGAUGCGAGAUAUACUGGCAUCAAAGGCCGGCAUCCCUGCUAAAGAGAUCGCUGGGAUGCGAACACCAUUUUUAGCCACCAAUCGCCUCCAAAUUGAUGUUCUUGAAAAUGAACACUUCCAGUACGAUUCUUCUGCAACCAAAUCUGAGCCGUCUUGGCCGUACCGAGUACGGGGGCAUGUCUGGGAAAUUCCGCUGAACUUAUACUAUAUGAAUUCCCAUUUGUGUGGAGCCAUGUUGGAUACAUGUAGGCCAGCAAACUUUAAAGAAUCUUUUGAGUAUAUAUUUAGUAAUUUUAAAAGACACUAUGAUUCACCAAAUCGCGCGCCUUUUGGGAUUAACAUGCACGCGGCUUGGUUUUUGCAUCCUGCUUGGAGAUACAACUACAAGGCCUUGGAUAGAUUCAUUCAAGAGAUAUUAAAGUUAGAUGACGUGUGGAUUGUGACUCCCUCUCAGCUUCUGAACUGGGUAAAAAAUCCCGUCUCUGUAGAUAAUAUGGAAGAUCAUCCAACGUUUACCUGUCAUAGGAAACAUCACCGACAUGACAACAAAGAGGCAUAAAUGGGCAAGUGUUAUUCGUUCAAAAUAAUGCUGCCGUUUUUAAUUCUGAGUUGGAUUAAACAAUAAAGUACAAAAUCUUUA